UAUACACUCACUUAUAUCUCUCAGUGUCUUUGUGCUGUCAGGUCCAGCAGGGCAUCCGUGUGUGGCUCUCUCUUCCUUUCUCUGUUUCUAGAAGUGAGGAAAUUGCAACAGACAAGCCUUAGCUAGCCCAAGUAAGAUUGGAUCUGAGUCGAGAUACUUUCCAACAGAACCAACAAUGGACUGGGUCACUAAUAUCUCAUGGUUUGAUCACCUAUCUCUGAAGGAGGAAGUUUUCAGGAGAUACUUAAACAGCACCGAGGACUACCUAGCCUUUUUAUGUGGACCCAAACGGAGCCAUCUGUUCUUGCCCAUGACCUUGGUGUAUGCCUUGAUUUUUGUGGUUGGGGUGACGGGCAACCUUUUAGUUUGCCUGGUGAUCCUUAAGCACAAGAACAUGAAAACGCCUACCAACUACUAUCUCUUCAGCCUUGCCAUUUCAGACCUGUUGGUGCUGCUCUUCGGGAUGCCCCUGGAAGUCUACGAAAUGUGGAGCAACUACCCCUUCCUGUUCGGCCCGGUGGGGUGCUUCUUCAAGACAGCCCUCUUCGAGACUGUGUGCUUUGCCUCUAUCCUGAGCAUGACCACGCUCAGCGUGGAGAGAUACAUAGCCAUCCUCCAUCCUUUCCGAGCCAAGCUGGACAGCACCAGGAAGCGUGCCCUGAGGAUUAUCAUCGUGCUCUGGAUCCUCUCAGUCCUCUUCUCUCUGCCCAAUACCAGCACCCAUGGCAUCCUGCUGCAGUACUUCCCCAAUGGCACACUGGUCCCUGGCUCGGCUACCUGCACUGUGGUCACGCCCAUGUGGAUCUACAACUGUAUCAUCCAGGUCACUUCCUUCCUCUUUUAUGUGUUACCCAUGGCUGUCAUUAGUGUGCUGUACUACCUGAUGGGGCUGAAACUGAGAGGAGAGAAAUCUUUGGCAGCUGAUGAAAUGGCUGUGAAUAUUCAGAGACCGUGCAGAAAAUCAGUCACCAAGAUGUUGUUUGUUCUAGUGAUGGUAUUUGCCAUAUGCUGGGCCCCAUUUCACAUCGAUCGACUCUUCUUCAGCUUCGUCGUGGACUGGACUGAGCCGUUGGCCAAUGUGUUCAACCUGAUCCAUGUGGUGUCAGGUGUUUUCUUCUAUCUGAGCUCCGCUGUGAAUCCCAUCAUUUACAACCUGCUUUCCCGUCGUUUCAGAACGGCUUUCCUCAAUGUGAUCUCUCCCCGGUGCGGGCGCUGGCGCUCCAAACACCCCAGAAGUGAGAUUCCAGCCCAGCAGAGCAUCUUCCUGGUGGGGGACUGCAAUCAGGUGGACUGUGCUGAAGACGCAAGCUCCCUGUGCAUGCACAGAACAUCUGUCUGUAGUUCUCAUCUUUCCACUGGCCUAUGACUUUAUUUAGUGCUAUGAGUGGGACAAAAGUCA